AUGAUGCCCAGACCCAAGUUGCUGUUCCUUCGGCCAAGUGGCUUGAAUAGUACUGUAUUCGUGGAUGGCACUGGCUUCCGAAUACAGAAGAUGGGCCGGCCGAGGUGGUGGGUUCGUAUCCAAGGCGGACCACUACGGCACACCAUGCAUGCGCUGAUUGUGGCUGGAAGCCUUGCCAGUCGACCUUUUACGUACGAAUGUAGAAGAGUCUUAGGACAGGGUAGUGUAGAAUCUAAGCAGAUGCCCCGAUCGAUGUCGGGCUCGGUUGUGAUAAGUCCAGGGUGUGUGGCUUUGGGCUAA